AUGGAGUGCCGCGUCUGGUGUUCCAUCACGCGAGCAGCCUGCCAGCUCCGCAUAGCACUCCCACCUGUCCGGCCUUGCAAAGCAUUUCCCCUCGCUUCGCCGCUACAUCUAGCUUCUUCGUCGACACGCUCAGCACGCGCUUUCACAUCAUCUACCCGCCUGCACAUCGAAGACCGGCCUGUCGCUUCGUAUUCGCAACCAGCUGAGACGCUCAGUCACAACAUCACGGAAGAGGAGAAGGCCGAUUAUGACAAGGCUGUGGCAGAAGACAAGGGCAAGCAGGUCCGGACGCCAUGGAUGAGGGAGGGCAGUGACACGCCGCCUGUUGCGCGACAACGAAGUGCUGGAGCCAUGACGAAAGGCAAACUCCUCACAACCCCUUCCCGCAUGCUCAAGCUCAUCCUCCCUCUCACAACCCAAGACGAGAACAGCGACCGGAAAGACGUGGAGCCUCUCGCCCUGCUCGUCCACCCCCAGCAACCCCUCUCCUACCUCGAGCGGCUCAUCCAAAGCGAGCUGCCCAUCCUAAAAACACCCGACGGCAAGGAGAAGAUCCCCGCCGUCUACUUCCGCGCCGAAGACAGCAUGCAAGAAACCAGCGCCGCAAACGAGAAGCAGACAGUUGUCGAAGACCCCGACGAAGAGUCCGAGCACGAGCUCAGCGAAGAUGAGUCCGACAAGUUCAACGGCGGCGUCGAGAGCUAUAGCGGUCUUGGCCGCGAGGCUCCGGCCGACAAGACCGAGGGCCGCAAGUUCGUGCGGUGGUCCUCUAGCACUGAGAUCGGCGACUUUAUUCGAGAUGCGGCGCGCGGGAAGGAGUUCGCGGUCGAGAUCGAGGGCGCGCCGAACGAUAUUCGCGUCGGUGUGCCGAGCUUUAACGAUAGGACAUAUUACCUGAGGACGCGGCUGAGGAGUACGGCGAGGAAAAUCAGCUCCAUGGCGGAUAUAAAGGCAGAGUGUGACAGGCUGGCGCACAAGGGCGCGCAAAGGGUCGCUAUGGCGGGGUUUGGGAUCUUGAUCGGGUGGUGGUAUCUAGUGUAUCGCUUGACUUUUGAGACGGAGUUGGGGUGGGAUGUUAUGGAGCCCGUUACUUACCUCGUCGGUCUCUCCACCCUCAUCGGCGGCUACGUCUGGUUCCUGUACCACAACCGCGAAGUGUCCUACCGGUCCGCCAUGAACUACACCUUCUCGAAGCGGCAGUCCGCCCUUUACCAAGCGCGCGGCUUCGACCCAGCGAAAUGGCAGGCCCUCGUCGAGGAAGGCAAUCAGCUGCGCCGCGAGAUCAAGGCCAUCGCCAACGAGUACGACGUCGAGUGGGACGAGAUGGAGGACGAGAAGGAGGAAAAGGUUAGGGAUGCGCUGAAGAAGCACAGGGACAAGAGUAAGGGCGGGAAGAAGGAUAAGGGGAAGGGGAAGGAUGAGGAUGAGGAGUGA